UUUGUUUUGUGUACAAUAAUUUUCCAUUACUAGAGCAAAAAUAAUGUCUCCAUUAUUAUUGUAUCUUUUAUCGCCCACCAACAUUUUCUAUUUCCUGUUGGUACCUGCUUUGGCCCUUUUGUACACUUACUGGAAAAUAUCCAGAAAACAUAUGAUCGAAUUGGCCGACAAAAUACCUGGACCACCUGGAUUACCUCUUAUCGGAAAUGCUUUAGAAUUCAUCGGAAAUCCUAAUGACAUCUUUACCAAUUUCUACCAAAGAUCAUUUGAAUUUGGAAAAACUGUAAAAGUUUGGGCAGGGCCAAGACUCUUAAUUUUCCUAACUGAUCCUAGAGAUGUUGAACUAAUAUUGAGCAGCCAUGUACAUAUUGAUAAAUCGCCAGAGUAUAGUUUUUUCAAACCUUGGUUGGGAGACGGGCUCUUGAUUUCCACCGGCCAAAAAUGGAGGGCCCACAGGAAAUUGAUUGCGCCCACUUUUCAUUUGAAUGUGCUCAAGUCUUUUAUAGAUUUGUUCAAUAAAAAUAGCCAGGAAACUGUUGAAAAGCUGGAAAAAGAGGUGGGCAAGGAGUUUGAUUGUCACGACUACAUGUCUGAAGCUACCGUGGAAAUUUUGUUAGAAACCGCUAUGGGUGUGAGCAAAAAAACUCAAGACCAAAGCGGCUACGAUUACGCCAUGGCCGUAAUGAAACUGUGCGACAUCGUCCAUUUACGUCACACAAAAUUCUGGUUCAGGCCCGACUUCAUUUUCAACUUGACCAAAAUCUCAAAGUACCAAACAAAAUUAAUUUCCGUCAUCCACAACUUGACGCGCAAAGUAAUCCAGAAGAAAAAGGCCGACUUUCAACAAGGAAUUCGUGGUUCUACAGCUGAAGUACCCCAAAAAACAACUGACAAAUAUGAAAAUGCUUCAUUUGAACAAAGUUUUAAUGGAUUAAAAGACGAUCUUGAUGACGAUGUAGGCGAAAAAAAACGAAUGGCCUUUCUAGACUUAAUGAUUGAAGCAUCUCAAAACGGCGUAGUAAUCAACGACGAAGAAAUCAAAGAACAAGUCGAUACAAUAAUGUUUGAAGGCCACGAUACUACUGCGGCUGGGUCCAGUUUCUUCUUAUGUCAAAUGGCAGCGCAUCCAGAAAUCCAAGACAAAGUUAUCCAGGAGGUGGACGAAAUUUUUCAAGGCUCAAACAGGCCUGCAACGUUUGCUGACACUUUAGAGAUGAAAUAUUUGGAAAGAUGUUUGUUGGAGACUCUAAGAUUAUUUCCUCCUGUACCUAUUAUAGCACGUCAGCUUCAGCAAGAUGUUCAAUUAGCUUCUAAUAAUGAUCAUGUGCUACCAGCUGGAGCUACAAUAGUUAUUGGAACUUUUAAGCUGCAUCGUUUAGAAGAGAUUUACGGUCCUAAUGCUGAAAAAUUUGAUCCGGAUAAUUUUUUGCCGGAAAAGGCAGCUAGUAGGCAUUAUUAUGGGUUUAUACCGUUCAGUGCUGGACCGAGAAGCUGCGUUGGUCGCAAAUACGCAAUGCUCAAGCUGAAAAUCCUCCUUUCUACAAUCAUGCGCAACUACAGAAUCAAGUCCAAUCUGAAGGAAAACGACUACAAACUACAAGGGGAUAUUAUUUUGAAACGUGCAGACGGUUUCAGGAUUGUACUGGAAAAACGCAAACCUACUGUAACGAUGAAAGAUUGAAAUUAUUUUGUAUUUUAUUUUAGUUUUGUAUAGAUGAGCAAAAUAAUAAAAUUUUCAAAAAAU